ACAGAAUGAGAACAGGACAGAACCAUGGCUACAUCGGACGUAUGCAUGAUCCAGGACAUGUUCGACGGGUUCAAAAAAGAAUUCGACGCUCAAAAUGAUAGAAGGGAGUCUCUUAUCAAGGCAAGUCGCGACAUCACCAAUCUUUCUAAAAAGGUCAUCUUCCUCCUUCAUCGUAUCAUGAACGAGGAUGUCCAGGACGCCAGUGCGCUGUCGAAGAGGGCAUCCGAGUCUGGGAUGGAAAAGCUACGUGAGGUCCAAGCCUUAUACGCUAAGAUAAAGAUGGAGCUCCAGGGUGACUUGUUUUGGCGUCACCAUCGAGCCAUUUCCCCAUGUUUGCAGGAGUACGUGGAGGCAACCAGCUUCGCUUGGUACCUUGGACACUCUACGCUGGUGUCCUUUAGUCAGGUUCAGCAGGAGCUGUCAGACGAAAACGGUGUCCCUUUCUUUCCCCUCCCACUGGAGGACUACCUUUGCGGUUUGUCAGACCUGACGGGGGAACUCAUGCGAUUAGCGAUAUCUGGUAUUGCCCGCAAAGGUGGACGCGAUCGGGCGCGACAAAUCUGUGGUAUUGUCCGAGAGUGCAGGACUGAACUUGGCAAAUGCGCCCCACUUGUAAAAGAGGUUCGCAAGAAGCAGGCUGUUGCCGCAGAGUCGUUGGCAAAAAUCGAAGAUGCCGUCUACGCCACUGUCAUUCGGACCUCCGAGUACGACUUGUCCGACGAAAUUCUCGAUGGUAUUAUUUCGCGAUCAAUAUCGACCAGCUGCGGCGGAGAUUUUCAGGGUAGUGGUCGGCACUUUUGUGGUGACGAGCGCGACGAUGACUGAGCACCGUUUCAAUGUCUGCAAUUAAUACUCCCGCAAUUCCCAUCGUACUGUCGACGACUCCAGCGCAGGACAGACCAGACCAAUUCUUUUUCUAUCAGGGUGGAUCGGACCCUUACGGGGGAACCGAUUUCUUAUCCGUAC